CAGGCACGGUUCCAAGGGCUGGGGCCAGGCCCCAGGGGAAGGGGAUUUAGUUAAUUAAAUACAAGAAAACAAAACAAAAAAAAAGAACGAACCUAUCAAGCCCACUGACAUGGAUCUGGUUUUCAUUUUGAAGGAACUUUUUGUUACUCAUUUGUCAUCAGCCUAAUUCCUCCAAAUCCAGAACACUUGGUGUGAUGUGAUGGCCUUUCCUUCACAGCCAGCAGAAAUACUCUGUUUCUCUGGGAAAAUGAGGUUAUGUCGGGAAGGGGGUCACUUUAGCAAGAAGCAGCUGCAGAUGGACCUUGUCUGCCCCCAAAGUGAACGCUUUCCCCCCUGCGCUCGCCCUCGUGCCCUGUGGCGGUGGCCAGGGCGCUGCCGAGGGCAUUCACCGCAUGAUGCCAGCAUGGGGAGGGGAUGUCCUGCCAAGCACCGUGGUCCACUUGAGCUGGAUCCCCCUGUGCGAAGCUGGGAGGGGACUGGGACCCUGCAGGGAUGGAGCUGCCUCCUGUCCACCCUGUCCACCCCAGCCUUUCUCCUCCUUUCUCUUUUUUCUGCCUUCCCCUUGAUUCUCCUCCACCUCCUCCCUCCUGUCCCAGCCCCUUCCCCUUCCCUCCCAGCACGGCCGGGCGCCAAAGGGACUAUGCAUCCCACAGCAGCCCUCGCUCCCGAUCCUUUCCGCAAGCCCAGGAGCUGCCGAAGGGAAAGCAAAAUGCUCCGGUCUUAUCUGCAAGGGGAGGCAGGCUCGGUGGGCAGGGUUUGCGUGAAGGCUGCUGGCUUAUAAGCAGCCGGCAGCGGAGGCAAAGCUAUCUCGCAAGGCACCGAACGGGCCCCCCCUCCGUGCGCUGCUCCCGCCGCGAUGCCCCCGGCGCUGGGGCUGCUGCUGGGGCUGAGCCUGGUGGGUGCCCUUCAGCCGGGGCUCGAGCCCCCCCAGCAUGACCCCACCGAGGAAGGGGCUGCCCUCUUUGCCAGCGCCUACAACAGCACCGCUGAGCUCGUCCUCUUCAACAGCGUCUCGGCCAGCUGGAAUUACUACACCAACCUGACAACUGAAAACGCAGCUCUGCAGGUCAACGCAUCGCUGGAGGAGCAAAACUUCAUGGAGCUGUGGGGGAAGAAAGCCAAGGACCUCUUUGGCAGCAUCUGGAGCAACUUCAGUGAUCCACAGCUGAAGAAAAUUAUCAGUUCCAUCCAGACCCUGGGACCCUCCAACUUGCCCCUGGAGAAGAGAGAGCAGUACAACACCAUCCUGAGUGACAUGGACAAAAUCUACUCCACAGCCAAGGUGUGCCUGGCCAACGGUACCUGCUGGGAGCUGGAGCCAGACAUCUCAGACAUCAUGGCCUCCUCCCGCAGCUACAAGAAGCUGCUCUACGCCUGGGAGGGCUGGCACAACGCCGCAGGCAACCCACUGCGUGCCAAGUAUGAGGAAUUCGUGAAGCUGAGCAACGAGGCCUAUCAACCGGAUGGAUUUGAGGACACAGGCAGCUACUGGCGCUCCUGGUACGACUCAGUCUCCUUCGAGGAUGACCUGGAGCAUCUCUACCACCAGCUGGAGCCACUCUACCUCAACCUGCACGCCUUUGUCCGGAGGAAGCUGUACGAUCGCUAUGGCCCCAAAUACAUCAACCUGAAGGGUCCCAUCCCUGCUCACCUCCUGGGCAACAUGUGGGCUCAGCAGUGGAACAACAUCUAUGACCUGAUGGUCCCCUACCCUGAGAAGCCCAACCUCGAUGUCACGAGCACCAUGGUGCAGCAGGGCUGGAAUGCCACCCACAUGUUCCGGGUAUCGGAGGACUUCUUCACCUCCCUGGGACUGCUGGAGAUGCCCCCUGAAUUUUGGGAGAAGUCCAUGCUGGAGAAGCCAAUGGAUGGGCGGGAGGUGGUAUGUCAUGCCUCAGCCUGGGACUUCUACAACCGCAAGGACUUCAGGAUCAAGCAAUGCACAAUGGUGACCAUGGAGCAGCUGUUCACGGUGCACCACGAGAUGGGCCACGUCCAAUACUACCUGCAGUACAAGGACCAGCCCGUCUCCUUCCGCAGUGGGGCCAACCCUGGCUUCCAUGAGGCCAUCGGCGAUGUCCUCUCCCUGUCUGUCUCCACCCCCAGCCACCUCAAGAAGAUUGGUCUCCUCAGCAGUGCCACCGAGGACAAAGAGAGCAACAUCAACUACCUGCUGAAGAUGGCCUUGGAGAAGAUCGCCUUCCUGCCCUUUGGCUACCUCAUCGACCAGUGGCGCUGGAACGUGUUCAGCGGCCGCACGCCCCCCAACCGUUACAACUACGACUGGUGGUACCUGAGAACCAAAUACCAGGGUAUUUGUGCUCCGAUUUCAAGGAAUGAAAGCAACUUUGACCCUGGAGCAAAGUACCACAUCCCUGGGAACACCCCUUACAUCAGGUACUUUGUGAGCUUCGUCCUUCAGUUCCAGUUUCACAAGGCCCUGUGUCAGGCAGCCAAGCACAAUGGUUCCCUGCACACCUGUGACAUCUACAUGUCCAAAGAGGCUGGAGACAAACUCAGGGAAGUGUUGAAAGCUGGGUCUUCCAAGCCGUGGCAGGAAAUCCUGUUCAACCUCACCGGCACGGAUAAGAUGGAUGCUGGGGCGCUCCUGGAGUACUUCAGCCCUGUCACUGAGUGGCUUCAGGAGCAGAACAACAAGACCAAUGAGGUGCUGGGCUGGCCUGAGUUUGACUGGCGUCCCCCUAUCCCUGAAGGCUACCCUGAAGGCAUUGACAAAAUAGCAGAUGAAGCACAAGCAAAAGAGUUCUUGUCUGAGUACAACAGCACGGCGGAGGCAGUGUGGAACGCCUACACCGAGGCAUCCUGGGCCUACAACACCAACAUCACCAACCACAACAAGGAGAUUAUGCUGGAUAAGAACUUAGCCAUGUCCAAGCACACCCUUGAGUACGCCAUGAGGGCCAGGCAGUUCGACCCCUCUGAUUUCCAGGACCAAAGUGUCACGCGCAUCCUCAAGAAGCUGAGUGUCAUUGAGAGGGCAGCCCUGCCUGAGAACGAGCUGAAGGAGUAUAACGCCCUCCUCUCAGAUAUGGAGACCACAUACAGUGUAGCCAAGGUCUGCAGAGAGAACAAAACCUGUCACCCACUGGAUCCUGACCUCACAGACAUCAUGGCCACCUCACGGGACUAUGAUGAGCUCCUCUUUGCCUGGAAAGGCUGGCGGGAUGCUUCUGGGAAGAAGAUCAAGAACAACUACAAGCGAUACGUGGAACUGAGCAACAAGGCAGCCAUGCUCAAUGGCUACACAGACAAUGGGGCCUUCUGGAGAUCCCUGUAUGAGACACCCACCUUCCAGGAAGAUCUGGAGAGGUUGUACCUACAGCUGCAGCCCCUGUACCUCAACUUGCAUGCCUACGUACGCCGAGCCCUGUACAAAAAGUAUGGUGCAGAGCGUAUAAACCUGAGGGGUCCCAUCCCUGCUCAUUUGCUAGGCAACAUGUGGGCCCAGUCAUGGUCCAACAUUUUCGACCUGCUGAUACCCUUCCCGGAUGCCACCAAGGUGGAUGCCACCCCAGCCAUGAAACAACAGGGCUGGACACCCAAGAAGAUGUUUGAAGAGUCAGACCGUUUCUUUACCUCUCUGGGCCUCAUCCCCAUGCCGCAGGAGUUCUGGGACAAGUCCAUGAUCGAGAAGCCAGCAGAUGGGCGAGAGGUGGUGUGUCAUGCCUCAGCCUGGGACUUCUACAACCGCAAGGACUUCAGGAUCAAGCAGUGCACCGUGGUGAACAUGGAUGACCUAAUCACGGUGCACCACGAGAUGGGCCACGUCCAGUACUUCCUGCAGUACAUGGACCAGCCCAUCUCAUUCCGUGAUGGGGCCAACCCUGGCUUCCACGAGGCUGUUGGGGAUGUCAUGGCCUUGUCCGUCUCCACCCCCAAACACCUGCACAGCAUCAAUCUGCUGGACCAAGUCACAGAAAAUAAAGAAAGUGACAUUAACUACCUGAUGAACAUGGCCCUGGACAAAAUCGCCUUCCUGCCCUUUGGAUACCUCAUGGACCAGUGGCGCUGGAAGGUGUUUGAUGGACAGAUCAAGGAGGACGAGUACAACCAGGAGUGGUGGAACCUCAGGAUGAAGUACCAGGGCUUGUGCCCACCAACACCAAGGUCUGAAGAUGACUUUGAUCCCGGAGCAAAGUUUCACAUCCCUGCCAACGUCCCCUACAUCAGGUACUUUGUCAGCUUCGUCAUCCAGUUCCAGUUCCACCAGGCACUCUGUGCAGCAGCUGGGCACACGGGUCCCCUGCACAUGUGUGACAUCUACCAGUCCAAGGAGGCUGGGAGGAUCUUGGGGGAAGCCCUGAAGCUGGGUUUCAGCAAGCCGUGGCCCGAAGCCAUGGAGCUCAUCACGGGGCAGCCCAACAUGUCAGCUGACGCCCUGAUGAGCUACUUUGAGCCGCUCAUGACAUGGUUGGUGAAUGAGAACAAGAAGAACGGAGAGGUCCUGGGCUGGCCCGAAUAUGGCUGGACUCCUUACACAGCUACUCCAGCCCAAGCCAGCUCUGACCACCAAACUGAUUUCCUGGGCAUGUCCCUGACCAGCAAUCAAGCCACAGCAGGUGCCUGGGUCCUGCUUGCCCUGGCACUUGCCUUCCUGAUCACCACCAUCUUCUUGGGUGUCAAGUUCUUCUCAGCCAGGAGAAAGACCUUCAAAUCCAGCUCAGAAAUGGAACUGAAAUAAGGCAGCCAUCAGCAGGGCAGCAUGGACAGGGUGCAAGUGUGGGCAUUUGGCCAGGCUGGCAUCUAUGCAGGGGCACAUUUGCCGGUGAAGCCAUGGGUUUUCACAGCUCGGGACUCCUCUCUCCUAUCAGGUCAGAUGUUUUUUUCCACUAUGCAAGAACCAAAGCAGAAAAGAGCUAUUUAUUUAUCAAUGUCUGCAUCAGGGGAAAGAGAAAUUCAGGCACCAGCAGGCAUGGAGUCGUCACGAGCUGCCCCUGCACCCGAGUCUGGGAGCCAGUCCAGCCUGGGCACCCAUCAGUCAUCUCCAGCCUGUAGGCAAAGCCACAGAGACUUUGAGUGACAGAGGGUAGUUUGGGGAGGGACAACAGAGCACAUUCCCACCCCAGGUUUGCCUGCUGCCAGGCUGUUCACUUGCAUGGAUGAAAAAUAAACCCAUGUCUUGUCACCUUCACAGCAGCAGCUCAGCUCCUUCUUGCAGGUGGGCUGGGAUCUCAGUGGGACAAGGGCUCUCAAGCAGGAGACCUGCCACCCCAACCCAGUGCAAACACAAAUCCCUGGGGACCAGCCUGGCUUUGGGGCAAGCCCACCUGCAGCACCCCCCUGCCCCCCUCCCCAUCACGAAAGCUCAGCAUCCCCUUGCAGCAUCUCCAUCCUUCCCUAAACCGUGGCUCCCACUGCAGCUGACAGCCCAUGGGUUCACCGUGGAGCACAUGCCUAAGGAAGGGGCUGGAAAGCCCAAACAUCCAGACCUGAACUGCUCACAGGGUUGGGGUGUUACCAAGCCCAAGCUGGGACAGGGCUGGAGCUCACGACUGCUGUGGCUCCAGCACGGGUACAACAUGCCUUUAUGUAAGAGCCUGGGGGCGGGGUUGGGGCUCCAAGGUCAGAGAUCACCUCCUGCCCUCCAGCUCCUGAUUAUCUUGAGAUCAGCCAUGCCUGAGGUAUCCACCCCCCUCCCCUGUCUUUCUUCUGCCUCUGUAAAUAAAACUUCGUAUU